GCUGGGGCAGUGUGGACGGGACAAUGGCUUCACCCGCAGCCACAUGCAUCCUGGCCUGGGCCCUGGCACUGCUCUGCGUGGGGACCCAGGGGGCGGACCCUGCCGCCUGCGUCUUCCCCUUCACCUACAAGGGCAAGGUCUACACGGACUGCACAACCGAGGACAGUGACCGGCCCUGGUGCGCUACCACUGCCAACUACGACCAGGACAAGGCCUACAGGUUCUGCUCCGAGGAGGCCUACGGCGGGAACACGGACGGCGAGCCCUGCUUCUUCCCCUUCGUGUACCAGGGCCGCACCUUCCACACCUGCACCACUGAGCAGAGCCAUGGGGCCCAGUCCUGGUGCUCCACCACAGCGAACUACGACACGGACAGCCGCUGGAGCUACUGUCCCGACACAAUGCUUGGCGGGAACUCGCAGGAGCCCUGUACGUUCCCAUUCAGCUACAAAGGCAGGAAGUACACGGCUUGUACCAUGGACAAUGGGCAGCGGCCCUGGUGUGCCACCACGAGCAACUACGAAGCAGACCAUACAUGGAGGUACUGCGGCAUGGCAGCUGCAGGGGGAAAUUUGGACAGCUCCCCUUGCGUCUUCCCUUUCAUCUAUAAGGACAAGAUCUACCACAGCUGUGUGGCAGUCGAUGACAAGAUGGGAAGGCCCUGGUGUGCUACCACUCCCAACUAUGACAAAGACCAUCUCUGGCGCUUCUGCUUGAGCAAGGCCUAUGGGGGGAACUCCAGUGGCAAGCGCUGCACGUUUCCUUUCAUCUACAAAACCGAGCUAUUUCACAGCUGCACGAAUGCUGGAGACAAGAUGGGACAUUUCUGGUGUGCCACAACCCAGAACUACAACCAGGAUAAGCAGUGGAGCUACUGUCCAGAUAUCAAUGCUUUAGCCAUGAUGAUGUCUUCAAAUCCAGACCGGAUGCCGUUCUAG